CGUCCAAAAGGGCGCGAUUCUCCAAACUGCGUUUGUUGUCUGUCAAACAACUACUGCUCAAAGCGAUGAGAAGUGGAUAUAAAAGAUAAUGAGACAGUUAUGUAUGUAAGGACGAAUUGUUUGAUACAGUGACCAGUCUACAUCAAAAUGAAUGAAGAGAACGUUGAGGAGGUGAAGUUGCUGGAAGACCACAUUGAGCGUCUUCAGGCAGAAGUUGCAAACCUGCAACGGCAAAGGCAGACCCACAAAGGCCUAAUUUUCCAUUUCAGUGAAACAAUGCAACAUGCCUUGUCACAUGUGUGUGGACGGACGCAACAAGAAACUGCAGAGGAGGUGUUGUCCAGUCUUAAGGAGGAGGUGAAGCACCUGGAGGAAGAUCUGCAGCGCCAGAGCCAGAUGAAUGGCAUCGAUAUAAACAGCUGCACUGUGGGCUUAGUGCAAGGAAGUAGUACUAAGUUGGUCCAGCAGAUGUGUGUCUCUGGUCGUUGCUCAGAGUUGGAGUUCCAGGUUGAGUUUCAGCUCUCGGAGGUCAAGGAAGGUGAGAAAUCAGAGAGGACCAUCAACAGCCUGAACGUGGUGAUGGAUGCCAGGGACCUUCAGAACUUCAGCAGCUUCGUCUCUGGGGUGGAGGAGAGCGGAGAUCUACUGUGUUUCUUCAGGACUCUCAGGACUUUCUCAGACCGGAUCGAUGAACGCCGCCAGACCUUCCAGCACUUUCAGGCCAAAUAUCCCACGGUUGUCUCUCUUCCCGGAGGCUGUCGGUCAGAGGUCAUGACCCUGCAUCAUCCCGAGCUUCCAGGCUGCGUCGUAUCAGUUCACUGGUCAGUGGAGGUCUCCAAGGAGGGCGGCGUCAUGCCAAAGGUCGACUUGCUGACAAAGAUCCCAGAGAAAGCCCAGCAACUGUUCCCCUCUCAAGCGCUAGGUGGUGCUGCUGAGGCCUUCCACAGCCUUUUGAGGCUUGUGGGACCUGAAGCAGCCUUGGAGUGCAUCAUCAGGGAGGUCGGCCUCCUCCAGGAGUCCUGAAGCAUCGUGGAAGUGAAUCGCCACAAAUGACACAUUUUUCUCUUACAAAGUUUUUAUUCAGUAGAAAGUCUGACUUGACAGCAGAGCUCAUUGGUUAAAAUCUACA